UACAGAGAAACAAUAUGAGUAAAAAUCCUGUGAGACUUGGAGAGAGCGUCUGGCUUACCAUUAAAUAAAUGUCAGCACGCCACCUUUCCGAGUCUUAGUUCCUCUGAUUCUGGGGAAUUUUUUUCUUUAGCUGGAAAGUGCAAUAAAAAAUGAUGUCUUUAUUUGCAUAAAGGGCCUAGCAGAUUUCACAUGCUUUAUUUAUCUCUUGUAAUCCUGAGCACACAGUCAAAGUGUAUUGCCUCCUUAGAUUAGGAAACCGAGCCAUUGAGAGAUUAAGAGAUUGACUGAGGUUCCCAGGACUCCUAACUGACAAAGACCAGAAUGACAAACAGUGGCAACUGAGAACAAAUAGAUAUUUUGGCUAUUAGUUGGAGUCACCAGAGAAAAAAUGCUUGUUAGCCUAACUCCAUUUGAAAAUGGGUUUCUGUAUCACUAUGUUCAGAUUCUGAAGCUCGGCUGAGAAAAAAUGUACCUUUAUGAAUCAGUGAUAUCUAGUGUGUGCGUGUGUGUGCAUGCGUGUGCAUGUGCAUGUGUGUGCAUGUGCAUGUAUGUGCAUGUGUGUGCAUGUGUGUGCAUGUGCAUGUAUGUGCGUGUGUGCAUGUGUGCAUGUGUGUGCAUGUGUGCAUAUGUGUAUGUGCAUGUGUGUGUGCAUGUGUGUGCAUGUGUGCAUAUGUAUGUGUGUGUGCAUGUGUGCAUAUGUAUGUGUGUGUGCGUGUGUGUGUGAAGACGGCUCAUACACGCUGUAUUUUUGACAUUUAUGGCCCAGAAUCUAUCCCUACAUAACAAACUUAAGUCCUUAUACACCGAACAGUUAGAUAAAUUUCAAAAGCACUAGCUUUAAUAUGUGCCCGAGGUAGUCUCUGACUUCAAAAAGCUGCGACACAAUACCUCAGGAGCAUAUUGGGAAUCUAAAUAUUUCUACCUGAGAGCCUGGAGCAGCCUCCAGGACAGAGAGACCACAGGGACUAGGACAGGGCCUUGGGGGAUGAAAAGAUUUUAGAGGGAAGAGGGGUAUGGGAGAGAGUUGGGACAGAGGUGGUGUUCCAUGGAGAGAACUGCAGAAGCACAGGUAAGAGUCAAGCAGGGGAGGGUAGGCAGUGCUCUCCAUGGCAGACACAGGACUGUGGGAGAAGAAGAGGCUUCCAGAGAGAGGUGAGGCAGACAGCGGCGAAGGAUUCUGAGUACCGUGUCAUGAAAGGUCAAAUAAUUCAUUGAACAAUCUCAAGCCUGCACUGAAUGAUAGAUCAGGCUGGGCUGUGGAACUCUGUGGUAGCUGGGGGUGGAGAUGGGACGAGAGUCUGGGGUAGGAGGACCAGGCACCAUUUCAGGAGGAGAAUACAAGGUUGAAUGAUGGGGACCUCAGAAAAAUAGGGAGACUCACAGAAAGAAUUGAUAAAACCUGGUAACAAAUGGGCUGAGGGGCAAGAGACCAGAUAUCUGGCUUGGGCACUGAAUGAAUGGAUGACAAUUCUCUGAACAAGAGGAAAACACAGGAGAAAAUCUUGAGGAGAGGGCAUGGGUCUGUAUCUUUUAAAUUGGGAUGUUCAGAUAAAUGGAGCCUGUAAAUACUUGGACAUACAAGGUAAGGUGGAAUGCACAGGAAGGGCUGACACUGUGGAGACUGGGCGCGUAGCACUCUUAGGAAUGAGAAUCAAAGGGGCAGCACCCGUGCGCCCUCGAGUGCGUGCGCGUGCGUGUGCGUGUGUGUGUGUGUGUGUGUGUGUGUGAUGCAUAAGAAAUGUCAACCCGAAUCCGGAGGGAAGAGACCUCAUCCAAAGAGAUAGACCAAAAGUAAACAGAGGGCAGGCGAGCUGGCUCAGUGGGGAACAGAGCCUGCAGCCAAGCCUGACCAUAUGACUUUGAUACCGGGAAGGUACACAUGGUGAAAAGAGAGAGCUGACCCUUACCAGUUGUCCUCUGAUGUCCACACAUCUGCUAUCGCACCCAUAGAGUAAAUGUAGUAAGCGUUUAAAAGGAGGCAGAGGGAACCUGGGGAAUGUGAUGUCAGGACUGCAUACUUAGAGCACUCCGGACGGACAGACGGAACUCAAGAGGAGUUGGUACACUUGUGACCUCCUAUCAUUCUCCCCUCCCCUCUGGGUCCUUAGGCCCUUUCUGCAGAUGAAAGGCAAAGAAGCUCAGAAACUCAAAUGAUUUGCCUAGAAUCUUAAAGCCUAGAAGCUCUACAAGUCAGGUUUUCCAGCACACUGCAAUUGAAACAAACAAACAAACAAACAAUCAAAACAACAAAACCCCAAAGAGUGUGCCAGGAAGGGGCCACCUGCCGUCAGUCUCCAAUGCUGAUAAGAACUGAGAAAAGGACCUUACAGUUAGCAAAUGGAACACAUCUGACCUUGGCAAGAAUUUCCCGGUUGGCCUUUGCUCAUGCCCAGUGUGGCUGUGUGGAUCAAACGGAAGGCUUCCAAAUCUGUGUAGGUGCUUCCCCGAAGGCAAAUUUCUGCCCUCCUGAGGUGGUUGCUACUAUUACUUGAAUAGUGUUAUUGAACCCUUUGAUAUUGACGAUAUGGGAUCUGUUUAUUUUAUUUUUUUUUCCUUUCUUUUUUUUCCGGAGCUGGGGACCGAACCCAGGGCCUUGCGCUUGCUAGGCAAGCGCUCUACCACUGAGCUAAAUCCCCAACCCCUGUUUAUUUUUAAUUUGUGAUUACAUAUAGUUUAACCUCUAUGCAAAAGGAGUGGGUUGGUGUGUUGGUAGAGGUUAGGAGACGCUUAGGGUAGCCUGCCAGACUAGAGAGCCCUGCCCCCUGGUGGCCAGGACUUAAAUCUGCAGCACAGGAGAAUGGUAGGGCACAGGGAAGCUUGAAGUUUUUAGUUUUGUAGUUCUCUCCUAUCUCUGAGAUGGGGGUUUUUAUCUGACACACAAAUGAGUUUUAUUACUUCAGUUGGUAGCAUCAGACAGAAGUUGGAUUAGAAACUCUUUAUGGAGUUCAAGAUUAGGCUGUGACUGAUCGAGAUGUAAGGCAGAGGCGGUCCGCAAAGGCAAGAUCUAGAACAGAUAUGUUGCCUAGCAUUGUUUCUUCCUAACCCAACCUAGACUGCGGCUUUCCCCGCCACGUCCCUGGGAACUGUUCCAGUAUCUCAUAUCUUACUGAGAGAAAAUAUAAGCCGGGCUGUGACUUAGUUGGUAGACUGCUUGCCUGGCACGCACGGAUCCCCUAAACACUGCAUUAACGGGGUGUGAUUCUGCACAACCGUAAUCCUGGCAUUUGGGUGACAGAGCCAAGAGUCAUCCUUAACUGCAUUAUGAGUUCAAGGACAGCAUGGACUACAUAAGAUCCUGCCUCUCUCUCCCCAGGGGUGUGUUGGGAGAAUGGAGUUUUUCCUACCAAAGGGUUUCCUGCUAAAUCCUACUGUUAGUUGAAUUUUCUGAUUCUUCCGUUAAGGCGAAGGAGUAUGGGUUAACAUCUCUACUCGAAUGUCCUGAGGUGAAGACUCACGUGGGGCAGGUUUGGAGGCUCUCCGGACCAUUGGAGCCGAGGCUAAUGAGGAGGCAAUGGUACAGCUGUAUCCUCAGUUGAACUCGACACAGUGCCAAGUCCUCACAAAGGACUAGUUUACUGCAGAGCUCAGGAUGUGCAGUUCUGUAGACUCAGACAACAGAUAAAAGCAGACACCAUGGCUGGACCACAAAUCGGGGAGGAAGUAUGCUGAAGGUGACGCGGGAGAUUGGGAGGCACACGAGGAGGUAGCUUGCUACAGGGUCAUCCUCCCUUUCCAGCCAGGGACAAUGGGUUCUCUGAGAUGCCACCUUCUGGAGUUCCCUGCAGGGAAUGCGGUUCCCUUCCUGAAGGGGGUCAGAAGGCAUUGUCUAGGGAACAAGCUGGAGGAAGGGCCGGUGGGUCCUGAUCAGCCCACACUGACAGACAGCAGUGUCUAAACACAGAAGAACCAUCUCAGAUGGCCCCACCUCUUCGUCCCUCCCACCCUUGACUGGAAAGCACAGAGGGAGGGGUCAGGAGGGACAGCGAGAGGUCACAGGCUCCCAGGAAAUGCUUUGAAGUCCUUAGUCCUUCCUUCUGAUCAAACUACGAGAACUUUCCAAACGUUGACACAAGGGAAGAAAAGCCUAUUCUUCCCUGGGCCAGGACAUUGGUGUCAGGCUGAGGCUAGAGGAUGGGAGGGCCAGGAGGAAGGAGGCUCAAGGGUGGGGGACAGAGGCAGUGGUGACUCAGCUGGGAAGGCAGGGCCCCAGACACAGACACUGCCCCCUUUUCCCUCACCUCGAGAUUUGUGUGCAUCUGGCUCCAUUUCUAUUUGUCUAUUUUCACGGGGAAAGGAUAGGGGAGAUUGAUGAAUAGUGACAAUAAGCUCUGAAAGAACUCACAUCCAAGUCCUUUCUUCUAACCUUGAGGGCUUACAUAACCCCGAGGGCUUUCCUCAUUACUCUUUCCUCUUCUACCCGCUCCUUUCUCUUCUCUUCCUCCCUUUCACUAAGAAUAUUUGGAAGCCCAGAAAUACUUCUUUUUAGACCUAGCCACUUUCCCCCAGGAGGCCUCUAAGGUCACCAUUUAAGUGGGAUUUGGUAUUCAAAGAAGAGAUAAUAUGGUGGUAAGGGGGAUCUGAGUCGCUGCUUCCUUUCUCCAAUGAGAGGAAUAGAACUGGACCUCAUUAGCUGGGUAGUGAGGUCUUUUUGUUUGUUUGUUUCUGAGAUCGUUUCCUUCUAGUAUAGCCCAGACUGGCCCCAAAUUCACCAUCCUCCUGUCCCAGCCUCUGGAAUGCUGGCCUCACAGGCGUGUACCACCAUCCCACCAGAUGGGGAGUUUUGCCACAGAAAGAAGUCUUUCCCUUCUUCUAGUACAGCGUGUCCAAACUGACCCAGCAGUGUGUUCUGAUGGCAGAGGACAGGAAGGUGUCCAUGAAGAGUCACAGGUGCUGUGCUUUGGACAUUUUUGAGAUGACAUCAGUUGCCAAGGUCUAUUACAGCCAGACGACGCAGACAGAGAGCCGGCCCCUAGUGGCUCCAGGAAUACGUCGGAGGAGGGUCCUGACAAAAGAUGGCCGGAGCAACGUGAGAAUGGAGCAUAUUGCUGACAAGCGUUUCCUCUACCUCAAGGAUCUAUGGACGACCUUCAUUGACAUGCAGUGGCGCUACAAGCUUCUGCUCUUCUCGGCAACCUUUGCAGGCACUUGGUUCCUCUUUGGCGUGGUGUGGUAUCUGGUCGCUGUGGCCCACGGGGACCUGUUGGAGCUGGGACCUCCUGCCAACCACACGCCCUGUGUGGUGCAGGUGCACACACUUACUGGGGCCUUCCUCUUCUCCCUCGAAUCCCAGACCACCAUUGGCUAUGGCUUCCGCUACAUCAGCGAGGAAUGCCCUCUGGCCAUUGUGCUUCUCAUUGCACAGCUCGUGCUCACCACCAUUCUGGAAAUCUUCAUCACCGGAACCUUCCUUGCAAAGAUUGCCCGGCCAAAGAAGAGGGCUGAGACGAUCCGUUUCAGCCAGCAUGCGGUUGUGGCUUACCACAACGGGAAGCUUUGCCUCAUGAUCCGGGUGGCCAACAUGCGUAAGAGUCUCCUCAUUGGGUGCCAGGUGACAGGCAAACUGCUUCAAACCCACCAGACAAAGGAGGGUGAGAAUAUUCGGCUCAACCAGGUCAAUGUGACUUUCCAAGUAGACACAGCCUCUGAUAGCCCCUUUCUCAUUCUACCCCUGACUUUCUACCAUGUGGUAGAUGAGACCAGCCCCUUGAAAGAUCUCCCCCUCCGCAGCGGGGAGGGUGACUUCGAGCUCGUGCUGAUCCUAAGUGGGACGGUGGAGUCCACCAGCGCCACCUGUCAAGUUCGCACUUCCUAUCUACCGGAGGAGAUCCUCUGGGGCUACGAGUUCACACCUGCUAUCUCACUGUCAGCCAGUGGCAAAUACGUGGCUGACUUCAGCCUUUUUGACCAGGUUGUGAAAGUGGCGUCCCCCGGUGGUCUCCGAGAUAGCACCGUACGUUAUGGAGACCCAGAAAAGCUCAAGUUGGAGGAGUCAUUAAGAGAGCAAGCUGAAAAGGAAGGCAGUGCCCUUAGUGUGCGCAUUAGUAACGUCUGACAUCCUGUUCUCUCCUCCUCAGCCCUCUGGCCUUUUCCUCUCCCAGUGUCCUGGGAAAAGGAUACUAUCUGGGUUCGCUGGAGAGCCCUGGAAGUACCCAUCCUCUACUUUCCCUUAACCCGGUGGCCUAUGAGCAGUCUAGGCCUGCUGGAGUCCUACUCUUUCCUCUCACUGUCCCCUUGUGCCUUCCUCUACUACUACACCAAUGUACAUGAGUCUUAGCCGGGUUGGGGCAAGGAGAGGGAAGAUUAGGCUGAUGUGGCUUGAAAGGCCUCAGCCAUGCUUGGAGAUUCACAUUCAGAGGACCUUGUGAUUGGAUGGAUAGACUCCCCCCAAACGCCCACUAGAAUGUUUGAUGAUUUGAGACUGGGCCUCGUCCUCUGUGGCAUCUAGCAAGUUCCCUAAAGCAGAACUCUCUCAGAGAGUCGAUCUAUGGUCUCCUCUCAGAAGUACAGGGAUCUGAAAUCAGUGUUCUCUGGGCUCUCUACCAAAUCCUGAAGAAGCCAGAGUUUGUCAUAGUGUUUCAGUUUCAGCUGGUAACUCCUGACAGAGCCUGGACUCUUGGUCACCACCUAAUUUUCCCUCCCUCUCCUGUUCUCAAGUGGGUCUUCUCAGGACAACCAGUCUCUCUCAGCUUCUGUUCCCACAGAACUGGGGUUGGCCUGAGGAACACAAACAGCCACCAUUUUCCUGCACCUAUCCUGGAUUCUGAGAAAUUCAAUUUUGGAAGUAUUGUUUAAAACUCUAGCCCUGUUCUUCAGGCAGCCCUGACCUGGAAAGAUUUGUUUAACUAUUAACUAUUUCCUGGGAAUGGGAAGACCUUAGCCAAUGCGCGUUCUCUCUCUCUCUCUCUCUCUCUCUCUCUCUCUCUCUCUCUCUCUCUCUGUCUCUUCCUCCCUUCUUUCUUUCCUCCCUCCCUCCCUCCCUCUCCGAGAUAGGGCUUUACUAUGUAGCUCUGGCUGACCUUGACCUUACUAUGUAGACCAGACUGGCCUUGAACUCACAGAUAUCUACCUGCCUCUGCCUGCCAUAUACUGGAAUUACAGGCACGAGCCACUAUGCCAAGCCCCCAAUGCUCUCUUGAAUAAGUCUAGUGCCCAUGAAAAUAUCUAAAAACACUCCAGAUUACACUGUGCUAGUUCCACUGUUUCCUUUCUUCCCAACCCAGACCCCUCGUCCCUUAACCCAACUUUUUGAAGUAAGAGAGUGAAACAUGUCAUUUACCUUUCUUAACAUCGAUCGAUCUAUCAAAACGAGUCACAAGGGAAAAGAUUCCCCAGGAAAGUUGAACCAACUUCUCAGAUUUCCAGAUUACUGUACAGAGCCUCUGGGAAUUUGUGAUGUUUUGUUAAGAUUUGGGCUGAAGCAGAACUCUGGCUGACAGCCACUGUUUUGUUCCUUCUCCUGGUGCCCUUCUGAAAAGCACCAGCUAUUUUAUGAGGCAAUGCUGAGAGGAGAGGAACUUAAAUUCUGAUCUCAGCCAUUCUGACUGACACUUGGCAUAACAUGAUGAAAAUCAGCCUCAUCUCUUCUCUUCUCUGCCUACGGGCCAGUUCCAGGCAAAUUACAAAGACAGCUUAAGAUCGCACCCAGGCUAUUCCUAGUUCUCUGGUGAGGGCUGUAUCAGGUGUCACCAGGUCCUGUUCUGGUGAGCUCUGGCUCCACUUGGGUACCCAGGAAACCUCCUGGAUAGUUUAGCCGGAAUGAUGUAACUGUCGGUGUAAGGUGGACGUGACAAUUGAGGACAAGCUACACACCUGUACAGAAUGUAUGCACAGAUCUCUGUGCAAAGCCUUGCAGAGCAGCCCAGAAGAUCCCAAGGCUGAACCCAUCUCAACCGUGCACGGAUCUCAACUGUGCACGGUCCCUUGAACUCAAUUAACUGUAGCCUGAAAGCGUAGAGGCUUCAGUCUCUCCUUACUGUAAAGCUCACCAUUAUUCUCCAGCUCUUAUCAAAACAGGAACCAGAAGAACCUGAAUGUCUGAAACAAAGAGCGAGAAGGCAAGAAGCAGCUUCUGUGCUUUCAAAUAUAUUCAAUGCCGUGCUUACUGGAUUGUGUCCAGCGUGCAAGGACCAAGUGUACUGCCGUGUGUGUGUCUUCUUAUCCUGUGGCAAUUUAUCCUCUGUCCUGUUUCUUCUACACAUUGCUGCUUCCCUCCUGAAGGGAUUACCCUCUUCCCAGACCCUUGCCCAAGGCCCAACUCUCCUCAGAUUCUUGGAUAACAAUGUGAGAGAGAGCAUUUCCUGCCUUAACCCCUUUUGAACUUCCUCUACAAUCCUAGGCUUUGCUCUAAGUUGCACUUUAAAAUCAUUCUGUCCUGUUAAUUCAGAAUGGCACCUUCCUCCAACAAGCCUUAUGUUCUGCAUGAACAACGCCCACUCACAGCCCUAAGUGGUUCUUUAGAUCGCAGCCAGACUCUCUGACCUGGAAUCCCUUUUCAGGAUGUAAGACAAGCUUCACUAGUGGCCAUGACUGAUGAGAAAUGAGAAAUGGGUUCCCUAUCUGUACCAGCUAGAGACUUGGAAUGUCAGAGAGUAACAGGUGGGCAAAACACCGAUGGGGAAGUAUAUCCAAAGUGGGAAAAAUGUAGUGAACUGAAACCCAGAGUCUUACUUAUGAUGGACACACAAUAGGUGGGUGGAAACUUGGGAAAUUGGGAUAUGAUAUAUAUGUUUAUCUAAGGAGAAAACCAGAGAUAAUAUAUAGACAGAUAUGUAUAUAUAUGUACGUAUACCCACAUAUAUGGAAUGUACAGAAAGUAAGUAUUCAGACUUUAACAAAGGGACAAGUAUUUUGCCUUGGUUUUGGGAGUAGGAUAACCGGAUCUUCUGUGUUAUGGUCAGCAGAACAGUGAGAGGAGCUGAUGGUUUUAAGUUUGCUUGAUGGAAAAGGGAGGGCUAGACCCUGCCCUUUUCAUAGAUAAAGAAAGCAACAUCCAUCAAGGUUUGAUGAAUCAUGCUGAUAGGACAAGAGAAGAGAGAGGAGGAAAUGGGGCAUAGGGUUGUCCCAUUCACAGAGAGCUAAGAAAAUCUACCACUCACACUAUGUGCUACCUAUCCCUGACAACAACCUGCCAUCCAACAAAUUCUAAAGCAAACGAGCAAGCAAGCAAGCAAGCAAGCAAGCUAUGGCAUCCUUCCAUUUUCUUCUCUUCUUCCACCAGGGUGGGAGCUAUAGGUCUGAGCCCCAUCAUUAAAAACUGAGAAGCUGAAGUAUUAGUCUUUGGGAGGCAAAUGCAAACGCUAGAGUGCGAACACCUGGACUGAUGAGCCGCUGAGCUCAAGAUACUCUCAAGGCAGAGGCUCAAGUCCAUAUACAAAAAUCCUAAAGCGUACUUCGUAUGUCAGAGUCUCAGCUCUGGCAUGGAGGCAGGUUUGGAAUGCUAUGGCUACGAGGCUCUUCGAUGAAAAUGCAGAAUGUGGCUUUCCUCUUCCCCAGAGUAUGAUGCAGGUCCAUGGAAGGUUUCUGGAAUCCCUAAACUGGGUUUCACUUAAUUCCAGCUGCUCCCUUCUGUUCUCCACACUUCCUGAAACCCACACCAGCUAGCAUGACUAUGCAGGGGUUUUCCUGAGGUCAGCAGAAAAAGCAAAGCAGUUAUAAUGUUAUUAGCCAGGGACAGUGCCUGUUCUUCAAGGUUUGCUAUCACAAACCUUGCUAGCUAACCUAGUUUCUUUGCAAAUUAACCCAUUACCUAUGCUGCACAGUUGGCUGGGCUUCCCAGGCCCAGCAUUGGCCAGUGCUACUGAAGCAGAAGUGUCUAGGGAUGACUUUCCCACACACUGCAGUAAAGACUAAACCAGGUCAAAUGUAUUUAGAAAAAGACCUGUGAGGUAGUUUUGGUUUAUUUUUGUCGGUUCAGAACAAAGUACUAAAUAAACUGGAUGCAUUUCUUGUU